UAGCUUCCAUCACACAUAUAUACAUACAUAUAUAUACACAUACACACCCCUAUCAUCCCCUCACCAUCUGUCAUAUUUUCUCUUCCCCACUCUCUCAAGCUCUCAUGGCCGUCGAAGCUCACCAUCUCAAUCAAUUCUCCUCGCAACUCUUAGCCAAUCGAGACAUUGUUGGUUCUGUUCAGCCGAGCAUGAAUCUCUACAGCGCCCAGAUGAACGCUUAUAACUCCUCCCUUCUACCGUUAUCGGGGACCACCACCGCCACCGACUGCAAUCCUCUCCUUCCGGCGCCUUACAAUUCUCUCAUCGUCGAUUCUCUUCCUCAGAAGACUCCCAUCAAAUCCGACAGUGGCCUCUCCCACAAUCUCCCCCUGGAGUCCAGAAAGCGUUCCAGAGAUUCUAUGAAUUACCCUCUCCUCUCCUGCAAGAAUACUGCCGACAAUGAUGAAGCCUGUGCCGCUUUUUCGUUUCUCGGCCAGGACAUUUCUCUCCAGAUCCAUCGGCAACAACUCGAUGUCGACCGUCUCAUUGCCCAUCAUAUGGAAAACGUGAGGGCAGACUUAGAGGAGAAGCGAAAGAGGCAGGCGAGGAGGAUUUUAGAGGCAAUCGAAGCGGGGAUGAUGAAGAGGCUGAGGGCGAAGGAAGAAGAGAUGGCCAAGAUUGGGAAACUGAACUGGGCUCUGGAGGAGAAGGUGAAGUCGCUGUGCGUGGAGAAUCAAAUAUGGCGGGAUUUGGCGCAGACCAACGAGGCCACAGCCAAUGCCCUCCGCACAAAUCUGGAGCAAGUAUUGGCUCAGUUCAGGGACGAGCGUCGAUUGAACUACGACGACGGCGCAACCGUCGUCCCCGCAGGGGCAGAACUAAUGGACGACGCACAGUCCUGCUGCGGAAGCACAGGCGGCGUCGACGUUGAUGACCUCCGAGACGACGGAGGCAGCGACAGGGAAGGGUGGCGCAGGUUGGGAGUGGGCACGGAGGAAAAGGGGGAGGAGGAGGAAGGUAAAAGAAGGAUAAAGGGAGGGAUGAUGAAAAGCAGUGGCAGAAUGUGCAGGAAGUGCGGGAAAGAGGAAUCGUGCGUGCUGAUGCUGCCGUGCAGGCACCUGUGCCUGUGUACUGUUUGCGGGUCUUCCCUCAACUAUUGUCCCAUCUGUAAAUCCUUCAAAACCGGUAGCGUUCAUGUUAACAUGUCCUGAAUUUUGAAAAUACUACCCACAAAAAAAAAACAGAGAGAGAGAGAGACAGAAACAAACAAGUUGCACAAAGUGAAGAAAACAGAUAAAAAGUUUCUUUGAUUCAUAGUAUAUAUAUGAAGAUGGUCCGCUCUUUCCUU